AUGUUGGCUAUCGGCGACGCCAUCUUGCUUAACUUUGGUGUGUUCGCUGCUGCCUUUGGUAUCUUGUUUUCGUCAAUCUACGGUGUUUUGGCUUACCUCAUUGCCGCCCUUGCAUGGCCCGUCAUUUUGUUCAUUUUUGACUUCUUGAACUGUGUCUUCACUUUUGCUGCUGCAACCGCCAUUGCCGCUGGCAUCCGCUGCCACUCGUGCACAAACCAGUCGUACUUGGACGACAACAACAUCACCCAGGGCUCGACGGCGCGUUGCAGAAAGGCGCAGGCGCUGACUGCGUUCUUGUACUUUUCGUUUUUCAUCUUCUUGGCUCUGGCUGUGUUCUCGGGCAUCUCGAUGAGCAAGGGCGGUAUCUUUGGCGGCUCGACCAGAUCCAGGGGCGUUGGUGUGCCCAGCGUUUCUCAGGUGUAA